AUACCGAGCGUAGAACGGCGGGCUCGCAGUUUUUUCAGGUGUUCCAUAGCAUACAUUAGUGUUUUAUUAUUAUUAGAGUGUUUUUGGACAAUAAUUAAAAAAAGAGAAUAAAUCAUGAUCAAAUCCAUAACCCUGCUCCUCAUGGGGGCUACAAUGAUAUUAGCCCAAAGAAGAUUGGCUUUACCAGAUCCGAGAAGUUGUGCUAAUAGAGUGCGGCACGCCACUUAUAGAGAUGCCAGAGGAGUAACGCACUCAUACUUCUUCAGUUGGGAACACGCACCAACUAGAAAUUUAGAAGUUGAUUGGUUGGACUCUAGAAAUAUUUGCAGAAGACAUUGUAUGGACGCCGUAUCUUUGGAAACUCCGCAGGAGAAUGAAUUUGUUAAACAAAGAAUAAUUAGAGGAAACGUUAGAUACAUCUGGACUUCAGGCCGUAAAUGUAACUUUGCCGGCUGCGACCGACCCGAUUUACAACCACCAAAUAUCAACGGUUGGUUCUGGUCAGGAUCUGGAGCUAAAAUCGGACCAACAACUCAAAGAAAUUCUGGAGACUGGAGUGCCACAGGAGGUUACGGUCAACCACAACCCGAUAACCGGGAAGCGGCUCAGGGCAAUGACGAAUCAUGCUUGGCCAUUUUAAACAAUUUCUACAAUGACGGCACCAAGUGGCACGAUGUCGCCUGUCACCAUCUAAAACCGUUUGUCUGCGAAGACAGCGAGGAAUUGUUGAACUUUGUUGCUUCCAGAAAUCCCGGAAUCCGUUUGUAAAUUUGAAAUUUGAAAUCCAAAGUUAACCUAGGAACUUCUACAAACGUACCUUUUUUAAUAAAUGUAGGACAUUUUUUUAUCUAGCAAUAAUUUUUUUUUUGAUGAAAUUUAUUGAAUUAUUAUUCUAAGCUGCUAUUUCUAAUUUUUGGGCCCAAAGUCCUUAUGUUAGGAUAUGAAGAUGGGGAAUGCCGGGUUUAGGACUCAAUAACCCUAGAGGAACUUGGAGUUUCAUUGGUCCCAAACCGGCUUUUCCCCACCUACACUUGAUACCUACUAUUUCUUUUCUACUUUGUGCAUGUGAAUAUUGCUUGUCUUUCUUUCUUUUUUUAGACUUUUUAGCGACAGUGUAGUAACUUUAUAUUUAUGAAUUGUAUUAAUAAAUUGUAUUUAUAUUUCUUA